AUGCUACCGAACCGUCUCGUUCGAGGCGGCGUGCCUGUUGGCACUCCCCCCUGGGAGUUAGAGGCGUUGGCCCUAGGCGACCUGUAUCGUCUCAAGUGUGAGACUAGGGCAGGUGACCGAUGGACUGAACUGGUCGGACCGGCAAGGAGGCAAGCCAGGGAUAGAUGGGCCCAUGAUCUCGCUAUGCCUAGGGCGGGAGUACGCACCGUGGAGGCGAUUCGCCGAUGCCUACAGGAAUGGGUGAAUCGCCUUUCCUUUCGGAUGGCGCAGAUACUGUCUGGGCAUGGGUGCUUUGGGCGGUAUCUGCACAAGGUGGUGAGGCGGGAAACCCUUCCCAUCUGCCACCAUUGUGGUGCCCCAGAGGACGCGGUGGGGCACACCCUAGCCGAUUGUGCCACUUGGUCGAGGCAACGCCAUGACCUAGUGUCGGUCGUCGGGACGGACCUCUCGCUACCGAGCGUUGUUGCAGCAAUGCUUAGUAGCCAAGAGGCAUGGCGUGCGGUCGCCUUCUUCUGUGAGGCUGCCGAGCGUCAGCGGGAGGUGCGUGGUGAUGGCCAGAGGGUUUGUGCUCGGCGGCGGCGAGGCGGGGGCGCGGGUGCAAGACGCGAGGAGCUUUUGCCCAACAGCGUUCCGCUGCGCCGUCGCUGA